AUGAAGCACACACUCUUCUUCUUCUUCUUCAAUCUUCACAUUUCAUUAUGUCGUUGUUGAAGUGCUCACAAUUACAAAGCAAAACAGAAUCCACCAAACAAAUAUGUCUUGGCUCUUUGCCUCUCUCCAACCCGACGCUGAAAACGACGCGUCGUUUCUCUCCCAAACCCUCACCCGCCAACUCCGCGGCGUCGCCACCUUCCUCGCUCCUCCUCCGCCGUCCUCAUCCUCCUCCGAGCCCCCUCUCUCCUCCGAUUAUCCUCCGCCGUCGCCGGCGCUCGUGGGAGUCCGAAACGACCUCGCGGAAUUAGGCGGGAGCUUCAAGGCCGGUCUCUCGCUUCUCUCCGUCGCCGGAAUAUCCAAAUUGGCCUCGACCUUGCUUCCGGCUCGCAACGGAGCUUCGGACGACGACUGCGGCGGUUCUGCGCCGGGAAUCACCGAUGAGAUUCUCGGCUUCGUCGCUGAGAUUUCGAAGCUUCCGGACUGUUGGACCGGCUUCCCUAUACCACUGGACCACCGCGAUUUUAACAUGUCUAGUGCUCAGAGAGAGCAUGCCUUUAGUGUUGAACAAUUGGUUCCGGAGUUUGCGAGUUUAAGAGACCGAGUUUGCAGUGCGAUGAGUGAGGAGCAAUUCUGGAUGAUCUAUUUCCUGUUGCUGCUUCCAAGACUCAAUGCAGAUGAUUUUGAGCUUCUGUCGACCCCCAAGAUUGUUGAAGCAAGAGAUGUACUUUUGCACAAGCUUCAAAAGAAGAACACACAUGUAUCUGAGGAGUCAACUCUUGAUUCAACUGAAAAGGACAGCCAGGUUGAGAAGACACAAGGUGAGGAAAUCUCGUCUUUAAAAACAGAGAUUGUAAAUACAGUGGAAAGGUUAAGAAUCGACGAUGAAGAUAGCACUGAGCAGUGGUCAGAAGAGGCUAGUAUUAGUUCUGGAACUUUUGUGGAUGACCCAAAGAAACUUGAACAAGAUUAUGAUAUCUCAUUCAGCGAUCUAGACGAGGAGGGGACUGACACUUCCUGUAGAUCAUCAGGCCUAAGACCAGCUCAGGCUGUAAGGGGAUCAAAUGACUGGGUUCGGCUGAAUAGCAGUUCAGUGUUUGGUGGUGGCCAUCAAAGGAAUUUUACGUCGAGAGAGAAAGAUUCAGAAGGUGAAGAGUCGAGUGACUGGCUCACUGUAGAUAAGUCUGAUUAGAGAAAAUUUGGCUGCUGCUUUGCCCACUAAUUGUAGAGUUUCUUGUUCUUUUUCAUUGUUAUUCUGGUGUUGAGUGCUAUUCUGUAAUUGCCUGGAAGAAAAAUGCAUAUAUUACAAUAAUUACAUAA